AAAGCCAAGUAAGUUACAAUCUUUUUGUUUCUUGUAGAGCUCAAAAUGGAGAAUUUCGUAGACGUGGGAUUUUUUCAAAACAACGAUUGCUUUUUGGUUAAACAUUUAUACAUAUUAUACUCUUUAUGUGGGGCAUACUGUUACGAAAAAUACGUACGAUUCAAAUUCAGAUGUUUUAUAAUAAUUUUAUUAUGUUACGCAUAUUUUCGUUGCACCGCACCCCAAAUCAAAGUAAUAAUAUUGCACGCUCAACUUCAACACGUUUUUCAAGCAUCAGGACAACUUAUUUACAUUAACUUCGUGUUAGCAAUGCUCUGCACGCUUUACUGGAAGAGAAAAGAAUUCCACCGACUGUUCGAUCUACUCAAAGAAAAACGCGAUAAUUUGGUGGUUACAUUUGACUCGGAAAAUCAAGAACAAGACCAUUACCUCAAAGAAACAAACAUCUCGAAAAUUCAUUUCACAGUAUACUUCACUCUGAUAGCAAUUUAUCUGGUGGUCUAUUUUGGAAAACUGUUCGAUAUUUUGAUUCGUGAGGGUGGUAAAACAUCGCUUCAAAUAGAUCCUCAAUUCGAUUUUUUCAUACCGUUCUUUUGCGAUGAUUGCAAUACCUGGUCAAGUUACUUUCUCGCAUUUAAUUUCUCAUACAUUUGUGGAGCUGUCUCGGGCACGAUAUUUGUCGCCAUAUUGUUUCUGCUACACGUACUUUUGAUUCAUUUGGAAAAUCGAGCCGGUGUUUUACAAAACGAUAUCAGAUAUCAUUCACAUUCCAUGAUGGCAAAGUUGGAAGAAUAUAGUAGAGACGAAGACGAUGAGAUGAAGAAAAAACGUCCAAAUACUUUAAAAUUGACGAGUAUCAAGCAACAACGAGACGAGCACAUUGAGGAGUAUAUGGUAAAAGUGGUGCAAUGGAUCAAGAUGCAUCAACAUUUGAUGAGAUUAAUAAAGCAGUACCAAAAGUGCGCAGAAAGUGUUUCUGGGUUGGUAACCGGCAAUUCUUUGUUUUCAAUCAUUUUCUUUGGCUACUUCGUGAUAAGUUUCGUAAUGGAUCAAGAUGAUUUAGCACCUCUGUAUUUGCCAUACGGGAUGAUACAUUUUACUAUUUUGCUGAUAUGUUGCAAUAUAGGCAGCUCAUUGAACGAUCUGAGCGAUAUCGUUUCAAACGCAGUCUAUUCAAUGCCUUGGUAUUAUUUUCCAGUCAAAGACCAGAAAACCAUACUGAAUUUCUUGGCUUUGUCUCAACCAACACAGCAUUUGAAUGUUUUUGGAUUUCUGUCGCUAAACUUGGAAAUGUUUCCUCAUAUUUUGAAUGAUGUGUACGGUCACAUGCAAACGCUCAGACUGCUCGUGAAUAGACACAGAAAUUAAAAUUUUUAUUUGAAGAGAUUCACGCAUCAAACACCCAAUUAUUGUAACACUAUUAUAAUUUUUUUCGUUAUUGAGUAUAGUUAAGUAAGUACGGUAAGUGCAUAUUUAUAAAUUAGUUAAAUCUAACCAAACACCCAAUAUUAUUAUAGCACCAUUAUAACUUUUUUUUGUUACGUAUUAA